UCAGUAAGCUGUGGCACUUUGUGCGCGUCGCCCACUGUUUCCUUCUAUAUCUCUACACUUCAAAAGUGAUUCUCUGAAACGUACUUCGAUCUCAUCGUAUUGGGUACGCUAAUGCUAUUGAAACUCUUUAACCACAGAUCCAGAAGUUAUUUAUAGUUAAAACAGUUGCGUAAAUCGUUACAAUUUCCUAACCGUUUCUGUUUUAGAUGGCUUCUUCGCUUCUCUCCGUAACUUCUCCCUCUUCUUCUCUCUCCAUUCACCAUAUCCACAAGGGAAGACCCAAGCUUGGAGGCAACGCUUUAAGGCUUAAGAAUUCAAGGGUAUGUUCCUGUGGUCGGUUCUCUAUGGCUGUUGCGGUUAAUGUUUCUCGAUUUGAGGGCAUACCUAUGGCUCCUCCUGAUCCAAUUCUUGGAGUUUCUGAAGCAUUUAAAGCAGACACAAGUGAUGUUAAGCUCAAUCUUGGAGUUGGGGCCUAUAGAACAGAAGAACUACAGCCAUAUGUGCUUGAUGUUGUUAAGAAGGCAGAGAAUCUUAUGCUGGAGAGAGGUGAUAACAAAGAGUAUCUCCCCAUUGAGGGUUUGGCUGCAUUUAAUAAAGCUACUGCAGAGUUGUUGCUUGGAGCAGACAACCCAGCAAUCAAAGAGCAAAGAGUUGCCACUGUUCAAGGUCUUUCUGGAACUGGUUCUCUGAGACUAGGUGCAGCUCUGAUAGAACGAUAUUUUCCUGGAGCAAAAGUUUUGAUAUCGGCACCUACCUGGGGUAAUCACAAGAAUAUUUUCAACGAUGCUAGAGUCCCAUGGUCUGAGUACCGAUAUUAUGAUCCUAAGACAGUCGGCCUGGAUUUUGAGGGCAUGAUUGAAGAUAUAAAGUCAUCUCCCGAUGGAACUUUUGUGCUACUUCAUGGAUGUGCUCAUAACCCUACUGGUAUUGAUCCAACCCCUGAGCAGUGGGAAACAAUAGCUGAUGUAAUUCAAGAAAAGAACCACAUUCCUUUUUUUGAUGUUGCUUACCAGGGAUUUGCUAGUGGAAGCCUUGAUGAAGAUGCAGCAUCUGUGAGAUUGUUUGUGUCACGUGGCAUGGAAGUUCUUGUAGCUCAGUCAUACAGUAAAAAUCUAGGUCUCUAUGCUGAAAGGAUUGGAGCAAUCAAUUUAAUUUCAUCAUUACCAGAAUCUGCAGCAAGGGUAAAGAGCCAGUUAAAAAGGCUUGCACGACCAAUGUACUCCAAUCCACCUGUACACGGGGCUAGGAUUGUUGCCGAUAUUGUUGGAAACCCUGCUCUUUUUGAUGAAUGGAAAGCAGAAAUGGAAAUGAUGGCUGGGAGGAUAAAGAAUGUUAGACAGCAACUAUAUGAUAGUAUUACUUCAAAAGACAAUAGUGGAAAAGAUUGGUCAUUCAUACUAAAGCAGAUAGGCAUGUUCUCAUUCACGGGGUUGAACAAGGAGCAGAGUGACAAUAUGACAAAUAAGUGGCACGUAUACAUGACGAAAGAUGGAAGGAUUUCCCUGGCAGGAUUGUCAUUGGCGAAGUGUGAAUUCCUUGCCGAUGCUAUCAUUGACUCGUAUCAUAAUGUCAGCUGAAACUCAAUCAAAUAUUAUGCAAUAGAGCCAAGAAUAUAUUUUUGGUGAGUAAUAUACCCAAUCGCAGUGGUUGGAAUACAUGGAAAUAAUUCAAGUAUGUAAGCAUUAAUUGUCAUGUGUAACUGAUUCCUUAGGAAAUUUUGUAACCUUGAACUUGAAAGUUGAGUUAUAGUAUUGACACAUCAUGAGUCUGCUUCUCAAGCAUGAAGCAAGUUGAAUUGAUGCAUGAUGAGUCUGUUUCUUAUUUCUAGUGGGUAAGAUUGAAUAAAGCUUGAUAACAUUAGUUUUGCUGGCUGCAUGUGCUUCAGAUGUUAGUCAGUAUCUUUUUCUUUCUUUUUUAAUCCUGCUUCCUGUAUGAUUGAAUAACUUAUAUUUUAUGUUUUGAUAGAGAAACGUUGAGAGUUCAC